AUGAAUCUGAAAACUACGGAACAUGCUGAUUUUGCCCAAAGGUGGAACCUAACUUCUUGUGGAACGAGUGUUGCCAGCUCAGAAUGCAGUGAGGAACUGUUUUCAUCAGUUUCUGUUGGAGAUCAAGAUGAUUGUUAUUCCCUGUUAGAUGAUCAAGACUUCACUUCUUUUGAUUUAUUCCCUGAGGGAAGUGUCUGCAGUGAUGUCUCCUCUUCUAUUAGUACUUACUGGGAUUGGUCAGAUAGCGAGUUUGAAUGGCAGUUACCAGGCAGUGAUAUUGCCAGUGGAAGUGAUGUACUUUCUGACGUCAUACCCAGCAUUCCCAGUUCACCUUGCCUUCUUCCUAAAAAGAAGAACAAGCAUCGGAAUUUAGAUGAACUUCCUUGGAGCGCAAUGACAAAUGAUGAACAGGUGGAAUAUAUUGAGUAUCUGAGUCGUAAAGUCAGUACUGAGAUGGGUCUACGGGAGCAACUUGAUAUUAUUAAAAUCAUUGAUCCUUCUGCUCAGAUAUCCCCAACAGACAGUGAGUUUAUUAUUGAACUUAACUGUCUCACAGAUGAAAAACUGAAGCAGGUCAGAAACUAUAUCAAGGAGCAUAGCCCUCGCCAACGGCCUACAAGAGAGGCCUGGAAGAGAAGCAACUUUAGUUGUGCAAGCACCAGUGGAGUGAGCGGUGCCAGCGCCAGUGCCAGCAGCAGCAGUGCCAGCAUGGUCAGUUCUGCAAGCAGCAGUGGGUCCAGUGUUGGAAACUCUGCUUCAAACUCCAGUGCCAACAUGAGUCGAGCACACAGUGACAGCAACCUGUCUGCAAGUGCAGCAGAGCGGAUUCGGGAUUCAAAAAAGCGAUCUAAGCAACGAAAGUUGCAGCAGAAGGCCUUCCGCAAGAGGCAGCUGAAAGAGCAAAGGCAGGCACGGAAGGAGAGGCUCAGCGGGCUCUUCCUGAAUGAAGAGGUGCUGUCCUUGAAAGUGACUGAGGAAGACCAUGAAGGCGAUGUUGAUGUUUUGAUGUAAUAAGGGUGAAUUUAUCAGUGUCCUUUCUAAGCACUAAAGUAUUCUAUCUUUAUUGGUUUACAUGCAUCUUGACCAAAAUUUUGGUUAGGCCUGUGCUGAUGUACCAUUAAUAAUUUAGGCCAGUGGUUCUCAGUGUGUGGUUCCAAGACCUGCAGCUUUAGAUUGGGGGAGGGGGGGUGUUAGACAUGCAUCCAUUGGGCUCCACCCUAGACCUAGCGAAUCAGAAACUGGGGGAGGGGCCUGGCAUUGUGUUUUAACUAAGGAGUGUGAGGUUAUUCUGAUGCACACUCUAGUCUAAGAACCACUGGUUUAGGUAAAUGUUUUAACUAUUUAAACUUAUGGUGGUUAUGUGGACUUUUUCAAAGACUAGUACUUUUAUAGUUUAGAAGAUUUCAAGGUACUGCUGACAAGUAGUUUAUUAUGUCAGUAUAUGUACAUGUGUAGAGAUCAUAAUUCAGUUCCCUUCUUGAUGUUACGAUUUCUUAGUUUACUUUUUCUAAAGGGCCAUAGCAUAAUUCUCAGCUCCUGGUGGAAAUCUUUUUUGAGGUGUGGAGUUGGACAAGGUGUGGAUUGCUGUUUACAAUAGUGCCUUCAUUAAGUUUAGUUAUGUUUUUAUUCACAAGUAAUUCAAAAGUUGAAGAACAGGCCCUAAUCUUUUUUCUCUUAAGUUUGUUUCUGUUUUUCACUUUAUGUAAAUUGAGAGUCCUUUCUGUAAGUGAUGACUACUGAGGAACUCAUGUUAUUAGUACCUGAAUUUUAGACUUGAUGCUAUAUUAAUAUUCAAACAGGGAAAGCAAUUAGACAAAACAACAAAUUGCGAUUUUCCAUUGCUUUCUGAAAUUUUAGGCUGUAAAAUUGUCUGAAAUGCAGAACAUCAGUCUCUCUCAUAUUCUUUUCGUAGGUCUUUUUUUCCAGCACAGCUCUAAAUAUUACUAAAUAUUUGCUAUAACAGCUUCUGGCAUGUGAACAGGUUAAUGUUCAAAAUUAACUGGUGAAACUUCUUUAUAAAUUGCUAGAAGUAAAACAGAGCCAUGAGAUGUAAGAAAACACCUUAUCUUGUUGGCUUUUAAUAGAAGUCUGAUUUUCAGUGUGAAAUCAUUAAUUUCUUUAAAUGUUUUUAUAGACAGUUUGUGAUCAUAAAUGUUGGAAGUAGUAUGAUUCCUUUUCUACCACAUGUCUUUGAACACUCACAGGGGUAAUUUGGAGACUGAUACUACUGACAAUCAAGCUGCUACUGACUUUCUGAAUUUUCUAUUAAUUAUGGAUAACAUUUGAGAGGUGAUUAUGAUUCUAUAGGAAGAGUGGUAAUCAAUAUUUUUUUAAAGUCUAGAGUCCAUAGGUUAAUAGAAUUUCUUUUAACUUUUUGUUUUAUCAAGUAGUUCAUUUAAGAAAAAGAUUUAACAACCUAAGUUCUUUAGUUGAUAUAAAGGCUUAAAUUUUGCUUACAGCCAUGAGGUUAGAAAUUCUGAUUCAUUUCAGUUCCUCGAAAGUUAGGGAAUUGAAAUCGAGCAUAAAAAUUGAUACAUUGCAGAUUUGCUGAAGUUUGUGUUGUGGUCGUAACCCUUUGAAAACUACUAAAGUCAUAAUUUGAAGUUUUACUCAGAAUGAAACCAUAGAUGAGUCUAUGGUUUUCAAUUGGGUAGUCCUGACUUCUCCCACUCCCUCUUUGGUGCCCCUAAUCACCUUAGAAGGCACAAAGAACCUGAAGGUAGGCCCCAGGGUACUCCAAGGAAGGCAGGCAGAAAGAAUACACCUUUUUUUUUCCUACCAAGCAGAGGAGGAGCACAUGGAGAGAAGAGCAGAUAUAUCUGAAUCGCUACCUGCCCUUUGCUAAAGCAAGAUCCCACAGAAUGAUUGCCAGUUCUUCUUACAUGCACUCCAAGGAAAUGGUCCACUUUUAGUGACCAUAGAGCAGCAUGUGUCUGUCAAAUACUUAGAAACUAUUUACUAAAAUCAAUUCCUAGUCACAUAGUCGUACCACCUUAGAUUUAACUUAUGUCACUAUUAAACAAGUUUACCAAAGUGCCACAAAGCCAAUCUUUAAAGUUUGUAAAGGUUUGAGUGUUUAUAUAAGUGUGUCAUAAAUAUUUCAUAAAUCUGGA